UUCUUGUAAAAUGAACUGAGAAUUAAAAAAGGAAAAAUAUUUAUUAAUUCGUGAAUUAAAGCCGAAAAAUCGGAAAAUUUAAGAAAUUAAAGAUCCUAAAAUAUAAAAUUCCAAAAAAAUUGAAAAAAAAUGGAAAUGUGAAAAGAGUGAAUGCAAAAGAGGAUUAAAAAGAAUUAGUGAAGAAAUUUCCAUAAAAAAAAUUGUGAAUUUGUGAUUUUUGUGGAACAAAGAAAUUUUAUGAAAAUUAAAGAUACAACCGGAACAUUACGAACAUAAAAAAAAAUAAUUUUAAGUUUGUCAUAUCAUUCUUUGUUUAAUGAAUAUAAUAAUUUAUUGUGCAACGUACAAUUGCAUAAAGUAAAGACGACAAACAUUUGUGAAUUAAAAAACAAUUUAUAAAAAAAAAGUAAAAUAAAAAAAAUGGAAGAAAAUACAUUAGCCGAUGAGUAUGUGCAAGACUUUGUUCUGAGUCACCUGGAUGCAGAGCAGGCAGCACAACAAUUACAAUUGCAGCAGCAACAACAGCAACAAUUACAGCAGACACAGAAUGUCAAACGAGAAGAGCCAACACCGCCAACGACAAAAAUUUGGAUAAAUCCUCCAAUUCCAUCAUCAGAAAGUAACAAUAAUACAAUAAGCACUACAAAUAGCCCAGCAUUGAGGAUAAAAUCAGUUACAGCUGGUCCUGGUGUUUGGUAUCAUAAUGAUGAGAGAAAAGUACAUUCAAUAUCACCUGCACCUAUUGACACGUACCCUCAUCCGCCAACUCAUGGUCAACCAACAAUAAUUUCACCAUCAGUUAAUGGAGCGCCAUCGACACCACCUGAAACACCUCCUGUUGGUUCACCUACCCUCACACAGAAUUAUCCAUAUUAUCAGCCACACCGACAAUCUGGUAGUUUAUGUGAUGAUAUGAUGUUCUUACCACAUGCAAUAACGAGAGGUGAGCAACCAUUGGACUUACGUCCAUUAAAUUACCAUAUGCACCCAGAGCCUGCUGACUGGGAGCGAAAAGAUAAUCUUAACAGUCAGCUCCCAUUUAUGACAUCAGGUACACUACCGAAUGGACUUAAUCCAAAUCCACCUUCAUCAUAUGCACUACAACAUGGCUAUCUUACACAAUUAGAACACAAUGCAUUAAAUAUUCAUCAUCCACAAUCAUUACACAGCCAUGCACAUGCACACUUACAUCCUGGAUCUAUUGGUCCGAAUAUCGGUAGUUGUAAUGGACCAUCUCAUCGUCCACAUUCAACUGGCUCUGCAUCAACCUUAUCUCCACGAUUGCCACAUCAUCAUAAUAGCAGUUUACAUCAUCAUAAUGGACGUGGUGAGAGUGCAAGCAGUACGAGUAGCACUGGAAGCAGUUAUAAUGGUUCGUGUGUGGGUAGAAAUGCUGAUGACAUUGUAAAUGAUGAGCUUUUGAUGUCAUUAACAGUACGUGAAUUAAAUAAGCGUCUUCAUGGAUAUCCUCGUGAGGAAGUUGUACGAUUGAAGCAGAAGCGACGAACACUGAAGAAUCGAGGAUAUGCACAAAAUUGUCGCAGUAAACGCCUUCAACAGCGUCAUGACUUGGAAAUAACAAAUCGUAAUUUACAUGUUGAGUUAAAGAAAAUGCAAAUGGAUUUAGCUCGUGUUUCACAGGAACGCGAUCAACUCAAGCAGAGAUUACAGUUGCAGUCGACGAACGGCAGUGGUGGUGGAACGGUGGCACCUAAUAAUGCUCGCAAUGGUCAACAAGAUUUACAUUCCGACGGACAUUCCUCACCUGAAUUUUAUCUAUGACGUCAGAGGCAAAUGGAUCGUCAGCAACCUCCACCUUGGAUUGGACGAUUUUGAAAGUUUUUGCAUUAAAGAAAAUUAUUGAAAUAUGAAAAAUAAGUUUUUAUGCAAGAAAUGAAAAUUAUUAUUGGAUUUCAAUUUUUUGUCGCCUUUUUUUCUUUUUCUCUAUUUCUUCUUUCUCUCUUUCUCUUUCUCUCUUUCUCUUUUGAUAGACAAGUCAGAAAAGAAGUUCAGGUUUCACGACAUAGAAAAAGAGACACAAAAAUUGGUUCACAUUACCUUUUUAUAGAAUCAAAAAGUUACAUUUCCAUAAAUUCUUAUGUAUAUCUCGUCAUAUAUGCAAAAUGUCUUCCGUGUGAAAUUCUAUUUUUUUUUUUAUUUUAAUUAUUUAUUAUUACUUUAUAUUUGAUGCCAAACUGUUGUCGCGCAUAAA